GAAAAAUAAUAUGAAGCAUUCUGCCGGGAUCAGCAGGAUGAGGAUACUUGCGUUUCUACUGCUGUUUGGAAUAGCAUCAGCAUCCUAUGAGAGGGUGCUCGAUGACUUGAAGGAUGAGCUUAGUCAAGACUUCGCUGAAGGCCUUCUGGAAAUGUCGUCGCUGGGACUCCUCGACAAACGACAUGUCUACAUGGCCGAUGAAAAUGUUCGCGAAGAAAUUGUCGAAAAGUUGAAAGAGGCACUGAACAAAGUGGUGGAAAAAAUCAAAGAAGCUAUCAAGGACGGCAAAAUUAUAAGGGAAGAACUUAUGGAAAAGUUGAGGAAUAUCCAGGAGAAACUGAAGCUUUUGCAUGUGGAUCUUGGAGAACAGUUUCUGCACAAGAUUCGAGAAAUAGUGCGAGGAUACAUCAAGCAGCUGCUGGAGAAAUUGGGAGUCAAUGAAGAGAACACCAGGCGUCUCGUCCACGAAGCUCUGGCGGAAGUCAAUCUCAAGGAUCUCCUCCGUCAAGUUAGAGAUCAUUUGCGGGAGAAUGUCGAUCCGGAGAUCAUAAAACAAGGAAUUUUGAAGAUUUUUGAUCAGAGCUCAGAAGUUGUUCAUCAGCUCCUCCAAGUUUUGAAAGAGAAGGGCAGGAAGAGGCUGCUCAUCCUCCUGGAUCAGCUCCUUGACGAGGAUGAGGAUCCAGAAACUUUCCACGGUAUCAAGGACUACUGGGAGAAAAUCAAGGACUUCUUCAAGGACCUCAAGAUAGACCUGCAGGAGAAGUACUUGAAGUUCGGAGAGUGGGUGAAGGAAGCCUACGACAAAGGACUGGAACAAUCCAAAGACAAGUUCGAGAACAUUAAGGCCAUCGCAAAAGAGUUCGCCAAGCACGCCAAAAAUGUCAGCAAAGAAGUAGCAGGUGAAGCCAAGGAAUUUUUCAACCAAUAUAAGGAAGAACUGGGUGAUGUCUGGGACUUGCUGAAAGAAGCUUUCCAGAGGAUUAAAGAAAGAGAAGACUAAAAUGCGUAUUCAAAUAAAAUAAAUAUUUUUGUCACAUGCA